CUUUUAUUGACUUCACCCGCAACACCAGCACCACGAAUGCGCCCAAUGCUGUAAUAAUGCCUAGAGAAAUCAUUACAGUCCAGGCGGGCCAGUGCGGCAACAGCAUUGGAAGCCAGUUUUGGCAGCAGCUUUGCCAGGAACACGGAAUUAGCCAGGAUGGAAACCUCGAGGACUUUGCGACAGAAGGCGGCGAUCGCAAGGACGUCUUCUUCUACCAGUCCGACGACACACGAUACAUCCCCCGAGCGAUCCUGAUCGAUUUAGAGCCUCGAGUUAUUGCCGGCAUCCAAUCUGGUCCCUACAAAAACAUAUACAACCCCGAGAACUUCUUCGUUGGCAAGGACGGCGUCGGAGCCGCGAACAACUGGGGAGAUGGAUACCAAACUGGAGAAUCGGUGCACGAAGAUAUCAUGGAAAUGAUUGACCGUGAGGCUGACGGGAGUGACUCGCUGGAGGGCUUCAUGAUGUUGCACUCUAUCGCUGGUGGUACUGGCUCAGGUCUCGGAUCUUUCCUGUUAGAAAGGCUGAAUGACCGGUUCCCGAAGAAGAUCAUACAGACAUACAGUGUUUUCCCGGAUACAACGAACGCCGGAGAUGUUGUUGUCCACCCAUACAACAGCUUGUUGGCGAUGAGGCGGCUGACGCAAAACGCGGACUCGGUGGUUGUUCUUGACAAUGGAGCGCUAUCGAGGAUCGCAGCGGACAGGCUGCAUGUCCAGGAGCCUUCCUUCCAGCAGACCAACCAGCUGGUCUCCACAGUUAUGUCCGCAUCCACAACACCCCUAAGAUACCCAGGAUACAUGCACAACGACCUCGUCUCCAUCAUCGCCAGUCUAAUCCCCACCCCCCGCUGCCACUUCCUGAUGACCUCCUACACGCCAUUCACCGGCACCUCCCUCGAGGCCGCCAAGACCGUCCGCAAAACCACCGUCCUCGACGUCAUGCGCCGUCUCCUCCAGCCCAAGAACCGCAUGGUCUCCACCAACCCCUCCAAGAAGUCCUGCUACAUCUCCAUCCUCAACGUCAUCCAAGGCGAAGUCGACCCAACCGACGUACACAAGUCCCUCCUCCGCAUCCGCGAGCGCCGCCUCGCUACCUUCAUCCCCUGGGGCCCGGCAUCCAUCCAGGUCGCGCUGACGAAGCGGUCGCCGUACGUGGAGAUGCAGCACCGAGUCAGUGGGCUGAUGCUGGCGAAUCACACGAGCAUCGCGACGCUGUUCAAGCGGAUUGUGAGGCAGUAUGAUGGGAUGAGGAAGCGGAAUGCGUUUAUGGAGGGGUAUAAGAAGACGGCGCCGUUUUCGGAGAACUUGGACGAGUUUGAUGAGAGUAGAGAGGUGGUGACGGAUUUGAUUGCCGAGUAUGAGGCUGCGGAGGAUGCGGAUUAUAUGGGUGAGGAGGCGCCGCAGAAUGAGGCGGGGGAUAAGAGGGUUUAAAGUGUUAUAGUGGGAUUUGUGAGGUGCAUGAUACAAAUGUUGGGUGUGGGUAUUUCUGAUGGCGCCCAGGAAGGCGUUUAGUGGAGUAGCGGUACGAUUAUGGUAGGAAUGAUACCA